AUGGCGGCCAGUCCUUAUGGCAACCGGAAACCUGUGAACAAAACAUUCCGUGGGCUUCUUGAAUUCAGCGAGAGAAUGACUUUUGUUGGCCCUCCAGAGAAUGUCAGAGGCCAUGUUAUGGCUGCUGCGAGAGCCCUUAAGAAGGGUGACUACCAAAAGGCUUUCGAUGUCAUUAGUUCUCUUGAGAUCUGGAAGCUGUGGAGGAACAUGGAGCAUGUUCUUGAUUUGCUGAAGCUUAAGAUCAAAGAAGCUGCUCUUAAAACCUACCUCAUUUCUUAUUCAUCCUGCUAUGGCUCUCUAAGCCUGGACAAGCUAUCUGUGAUGUUUGACCUGACAGAAUCACAUACACAAAAUAUUGUCAGCAAGAUGAUGAUACAAGAGGAGCUUCAUGCAAGGUGGGACCAACCAACACGCAGCAUUGUCUUUCAGAAUGCCGAGCAAACCAGGCUGCAGAGACUACUCUACCAGAUGGCAGAUAACGUUUCUUUCAUUGCGGAGAGAAAUGAGAUGGAUAUGGCGGUAAAUCUCGGGAGGAAGUGCCGAGACGCAAGGCUGAUAGUCAGGACCCUUCAAAAUUAG